AUGGGUGAACAGUCCAAAUUUACAUCCACUAAAGGCAGUGGUUUGACAAGUGCUGGGGUUCAUCGAAAACGAGAAGGAAUGAUAUAUCGUGAACGGCAGAGAACUCAUACAGAUCGUGAAGAACGUCGAAGAAGUGUUAGAGGUGAUAAUGUUGCACUUGGUAACAAGAAGAAUGUUUCGAGUUCAGCAGCGAAGGACAGAACAGUAACACUUUCUGAUGUUAUCGAUGAUCUUGGUGACAUGAAAGUAGUAUUUGCCCAUCAGGGUACAUCUAUACCUUCUAAGAGCCCGUUAACUGCAAAAACGCCACCACCACCACCACCAUCUCCUAAUCGAAUUCCCCCGCCCCCUAUCCCGCCUGCACCACCUUCUGCACCUAUGCCACCAAAAGUUUCCCCACCUUCUUCACGUGCACCCGAGGUGCCGCAGCAUGCUGUGAAAAGUAGUGCUAGUAUUCCUAUUGUUGGUGGUUCUAGUGUGUCGCACGAUGCAGAGGAUGAAAUCUUUUUUACCAUUGCGCCUCCGACAGAAGAACGCGACAUCGGGGAAGCUACAUGGCCAAAAAGUAUUGGCCUAUCAUUGGAUGAGGAGAUUGAAAGGGCUCGUGCGUCCCGGCCGUUGGUACGCUCACCUGAGGUCGUGCAAUCCCGAGAUGAAAAGAUUCGGUUGAACGUUGUUUCUACGGGUAAUUCUGGAGAAACCUCAGUCCCUCUUGACAAGAGUACGCUGAAACCAUUACCGCAGGAGGAGGAAGCAAUGAUUGAUCGUCAUGAAAUUCCAGAUGUUAUUAGCGAACGUGUAGGUGACUUGGAUCAAGAAAAAAUGAAACAGCCAUUUAACAAAAAAAGUGAAGAGGCACUUUCAGAUAAAAAAUCUGAGAAAAGAUUUGAAGAGAUUGUGUCCUCAUUUAUUGAACGACAGGAUGAAAAAAUAUUAUCAUCAUCAUCAUCAUCAUGUAAAAGAAGCAGCCCGUGCGAAGAUGUUGAAGAAGCCACAACAUCAGUGGAACUCCCACCGUUGGCUUCAUGGACAGCUUUGGAAUCAAAUAACGAUGACCAAGAGCCAUGUGUGAAGGUGUCUUUUGAUAAAAAGGAUGGGAAACGAAUAGCUACAAUUAUUUUACAGAAGCAGCCUACGUGUAUUAUGUCGGUAGUGAAAGCUUUGCAUCAAGCUAUUACAGCUGUUGAGGAAGGUUACCACGAGAUGGACGACUCCGUUACAUACGUUUUGCUUACUACACUUCCCACCCUAAACUUUUUUGAGGCAAAACAGGGAUCGUUGGAACUCUCGUGUGCUGAACGAGUGGAGUUCCUUCGAGAAAAGGAACGACUCUUAACACGUCUGGCAAGUACACCACAACGUUUGUGUUUUAUUUCUGUUGCAUAUGUGGGCGUUGUUGGAGAUUUCGGGGCAGAGUUAUUCUUAACUUGUCAUCACCGUUUCUUGCUUGGUCCUAGUGAAACGACGUUCGGAUUUCCCUCUCUUCAACUUGGAGAUUUCCCCAGUGCCCAUGUAGUCAGGCAGCUUGGUCAUUGUUUUGGUUCUCAACGUGCUAUCGAGUUAGUACCACGACUGCAUGAAUACCGUACGGACAGUUUAAUUGAUGCUGGACUUGUGAGGUGUGCUCAUAGCGUACAAGAGGUUUUGUCUAUACUGACUACUACCACCCCCACCAUCACCACAUCUUUCGGAGAAGGUGCGAUAGAAGCAAGAGGGAACUCUCCUUCUCUCCUUCUGUGGUUGGAGCGCAAGUUACUCAUGCUUUUCUCUAAACCUGAGCAUAAAACACUGCUACUUCGCAAACUAUUCUUUACACGUAGCUUUGAGACAUCGAUGGUAGUGACGGGUCCAAAUCCUCUGUUGCAGACGUGGGUGCGGUAUAGUAUGGCUGCCAUCACCCAGGGAAAGAUAGUUGAUGAUGAGAAUAAGGUACAAGAGGGACAGACUCAUUCUGAGAAAAUUUUUAGCGAAAUGACGUAUUCAGUUCCUGCUAUCAACGCCGCUAAUGUACACGUCUUGGAAAAGAAGAUGGUGCGUCGUGUGGUUAUGCCUUUCCCGGGGAGUGCACUUGUGACGUUUCGCCGUGAGGAGAUGCCGCUGUGGUCUGAGAAAAUGAAGGCGGUGGUAUCGGCGUCGAGUGAUGUAAAUGACGGUGACGACGGUGACUGCAAGAACAACAACAACAGCAACAACAACAAUAGCAGCGAUAGCGGGAAAGGUACGGUCACGGUUCUGUUGGAUUGUUCCCGUCGAUGUCUGGAGGCGACGACGCGUCUUGUGUCGGAACACCGUGCUGCGCUGCGUGGUGUUUCUGUUGUUUUUGUUGGCCCCGCGGCGGGGGCGCUGCCGCUGUUGGCGCUUCUGCCGUGCGGGGCGGUCGUGUCACCCGCCGGCCCCUUCGCACCGCUGCAGGAACUCCGUCUUUUCGCUCGGCCCUGCGAGACGCCGCCCGCCGACCGCUGUCGCCAAUUGACGGCCGCCGCCGCCGCGUUUGUGCGGUCGGAGCACCGGCCGGCCGUCGCGUGUCGCGGGUCGUGUGGCCACCGCCUCGUCGCUGCCGUCGCCGCCGCUGCGUGUCGUGUCGCCAGCGGGUGCGGGGCGGGCGGCAUCGCGCGGGUGGACGGCGUGGCGGUCAGUCGGCGUCUCGGAAUGCGCGUGGGGCCGUUCCGUCUUAUCGACAGUUGCGGUACCGACGCCGUUCUGCGCAUGAUGCAGGAGACAAACACAAUGAAUGUAGAAGGAAACCCACUGCUGCGUGAUAACAUUCCCGCCAUCGCACAACACACACUGCAGUACAUGAGCACAGAUGGGUUUCUAGGCGCACAAGCACGUCGCGGGGGUUUUUACACCUACCGCAAGGAUGGGACCCCUAUUGGACCCAACUCAGAGGUGCAGGAACAGUAUUUGCGACGUCGUCUCACCGAUGCAGAGAUAGCAGAUAUAUUGUUAGCAGUUAUUGUAAAUGAGUGCUGUGAGAUGCUGCUUACCGAACGUAUUCAAUGUGCCCAAGAUGCAAACAUGCUGACAAUUGCUGCCAUCGGGUUUCGCGAAACCACAGGUGGUGCAUUGGCUUUGGCGGACGCAAAGGGUAUUCGGGCUAUGGUGCAAACAAUGGAGGACUUGGCAGAGUGGCAUGGUUCACAUCUUCGUCCAUCACCACUAUUGAAAUGUAUGGCGCACUCUAACGUUUCAUUCGCCUCUCUCUCAGAAGCAACCAUUCAAUCAGCGCGUAUGUAA